AUGGGCAAGAGUGUCCACCAGUGCCUGGAGCAACUGGACAUCCGCAAAAGUGUAGUGGGCCUGGCCAUAGGCGCCGGGGCCAUCUACCUGCUCUACAAGGCCAUCAGGGCUGGCUUAAAAUGCCAGCCCCCCCUCUGUACCGCCUCGCCCAUCUGCAUCGCCCGUGAGUGUCUGGGUCCUGGGGAGAGGGCAGCACCUGCUCCCAAGGCCUCCCGUGUGGGAGGGACCAGAGGCCUGGCAAUCGAGCGAGAACGGCACGGGCGGGACUCGGGUGAGCUCCGGAGGCUUCUCAACUCUUUGGAGUGCAAGCAGGAUGAGUACACCAAGAGCAUGAUCCUGCACAAUAUUACCCGCUGUGUGUACUUGCUGGAGGCCGAGGCCUCUGCUUGCACUACUGAUGACAUCAUGUUGGUGGGCUCUAUGCUGGAUGACAAGGACAACAGUGUCAAAAUCCAAGCUCUGAACGCACUUAAAGCUUUCUCUGGCAUCAGAAAAUUCAGGCUCAAAAUACAGGAACACUUCAUCAAGGUCCUGGAGCUGACAUCCACCAUCUGGGACUCGGAGCUGCACAUUGCAGGCCUCAGACUCCUCAACAACCUGCCACUGCCCGACUUUGUGUACCCACAGCUGCGCCGGGUGAUGCCUGCCUUGAUGGAGAUUCUUCAGUCAGACUGUAUCCUGGCACAGGUGCAAGCCGUCCGACUGCUGAGCUACGUGGCACAGAAAAAUGACCUUCUCUAUGAUAUUCUCAACUGCCAGGUGCACGCCAACUUCUUGAACCUGUUCCAGUCCACACAGCCAGGGAGCCUGCUGUUCGAGGUCCUGGUGUUUGCAGAGCGGCUGAGCGAGGGCCGGAACACCCCGCACUACCGGGCCGUGAAAUGGCACUACAACGAACAGUCUCUGCAUGAAGCUCUCUUUGGGGACCAGUCACGCCUGGCAGACCGGCUGCUUGCCCUGGUCAUCCACCCGGAGGAGGAGGUUCAGAUCCAGGCCUGCAAGGUCAUAGUCAGCCUGCAGUGCCCCCAGGACGUGAGAGUGCAGCCCUCUUUCUGCCAGACCAGUCGUUCCUACUUUAAUAACGGGGAGUAAAGUUAAGGGGAGCCAAUAAAUGAUUAUGAGAGAGAA